AUGUUUGGUGCUUACAUUUCUCAAGGAAUGAGAAAUAUAACACGUGUUUAUCAAAAUGAUGGUCGAUAUUCCCCUUUAAUUUGGAACUGCUAUUCUAAUGAAAACGAUUUACCUCUACCUCAGUGCAGAAUCAGUGGUGCUCAUGAAUUGAUGAGCUUUAAAUUAGGUGAUAAUUAUACUGAAUUUGAAGAAAAAUUAGAAAAAUAUACUCAGGAUCCAAAAUACCAAAGUAAUACAAUGUUAGAUAAUGUAGAAGGCAAACUAAUGAAUGUCGCAGAAAUAUCUGGACAGAACUUUAUUAUACAUACAACAGCUGGUGGUUGUUUAUCUGGAAUUCGACAUGCAAAAUAG